AUGAGCGGGGAGCCGACGCUUACGGAGUCGCCGGUGCCGCUGGCGCUGGCCAGGCUGCAGACGAGGCCGGGGCGUGUGCAACGCGGCCUACGCGCCCACAGGCCCAGCCUCACGCUGGCCAGUCUCCAAGAGGCGGCUGACGAGACCCCGAGGCGGUACAGCGACGGGCGCGCCGCCCCCGACACCGACGACGACGACACCUUCGGCCCCACCGAGCGCUUCAGAGCGGCCAGGCCCGCGACUAACGGCCGCCGCGCCUCAGAGGCGACUUUCGCCGAACGCUACAGGAAGCUGCACGACUUCGACGGGCCACCGCCCGAAGCGCCGCGCCGCGCCUCCCUGGCCGUGCCCGCGGGCGACGGCUUCGGGCCAGCGACAAAGGCAGGAGGCGCUCGUGGGCGGCCAAGCUGCAGCUCGAGCGCAAGAAGCGGCGCAAGUCCGGCGGCAACGAGACCGACGAGGAGCUCGACACGCCGACGUACGUCAGACAGAAGCGCCCCUCCUGGUGGAACGUCUUCGUGCCCGAUAACAUGC